UCAUUUGAUAGCUUCAAUCAAAGAUAUUAGAAAGUAUUAUAUUGUCGAAAAAAGGAUUAUCAAAGAUGGAGAGAAAGACUUUUGGGCUUUUCUUCCUGCUUCUCAUAGUGUUUGCCUCACAAAUGGGAAUCCCACAAGUGGAGGGAAGAGUGUGCAUCUCACAAAGCCACCAGUACCGCGGUCCAUGCAUCCGUGACCACAACUGUGCUAUCAUUUGCCGCAACGAAGGCUUCUCUGGCGGAGACUGCAUUGGCUGGCGCCGAAGGUGUUUCUGCACUAAGCUAUGCUAAAGUCAUCAGAGUAGUUUAGUACUAUUUGAACUUGUUCAAUUUCUCAUCUUGUAAUUUCCUCUUUUCUAAUAAUAAUAAUAAUGCCGCGGUCAUUAUAUUAA